AUGAUUUUUAUCGUAAACAGGGAUGAUUAUUUGGUGGAUAUUGUGGAGGGUAAUUUGGUGGAUAAUGUGGUGGAUAAUUUGGCGGAUAUUGUGGUGGGUAGUGUGGUGGAUAGUGUGGUGGGUAGUGGGGUGGAUAAUGUGGUGGAUAUUGAGGUGGUUCAGGAUGUGGAUAUGGGUCAGGUUGGCUAUACGGUGGUGGCUUCCAAUACUGUAGAUGAGGCGGCACUGGGGGCAUAUUUCUGUAGUAGCAGUGUGGUAGACAAUAUCCGUUUCCACAAUACGGACCACAUGGAAGUGUCUGCGGGGGUGACAUCUCUGAAAAUAGAGAAGUACAGAUUUAUAUAA